AUGUGUAAAAGAUCCCUUAAAUUCUUUAAGAAGAAGGAGAUCACUCUGGAUACCUUAAAGGUCCCGACACAGAUAAACAUCCGAGAUCAGCCUCAGUUUCAGGAAGCAGUAGAGGCCAAAAAGAAGCCAAAAGAGAAAAAUCUCAUAAACGACCUACCCAUCCCGGUCAGCCUGAAUUGGCAUGAAAUCCAGGGGUACGAACAGGCCUUUAAAGAUUUCGACCAGAAUGGAGACGGUAUCAUAACGGUGGACGAACUACCAGAAGUUCUGGAAAGUAUUGGCUUGAAGCCAAGUCCUGAGGAGGUAUCAGAAAUGGUCGCCAAAGUCGACAUCAAUAACGACGGUAUCAUUGAUAUCUGUGAGUUUAUCAGGAUGAUGAGCCUCCAACAGAACCCCAUGAUCACGCCAGAGAGUCAGCUAGAAGACAUAUUCGAGAUAUUUGACCAGGAUAACAUCGGGUUCAUGACAAUGGAUGUGUUAAGACAAGUGAUGUUGAGUUUAGCACACCCCGUGUCAGAGGAUGGUCUGGAUGAUCUGAUGAAGAGGGGAGAUAGAAGGGGUGAAGGACGGCUUACUAAGAAAGAUUUUAUCAGGAUGAUGAUGAACAAAUUUAAUCUAAAGGGCAUCAAAGGUGCGAUAUCAAACCUUCGAGACCAGCCAGAGUUCCAAGAAGCAGUAGAAGCUAAGAAGAAGCCAAAAGACAAGGACUUUUUAAAAGAACUUCCCAUCCCUGUAAGUCUAAGUUGGCAUGAAAUCCAGGGAUACGAGCAGGCCUUUAAAGACUUCGACCAGAAUGGAGACGGUAUCAUAACGGUGGACGAACUGCCAGAAGUUCUGGAAUGUAUUGGCUUGAAGCCAAGUGCUGAGGAGGUCGCGCAAAUGGUUUCCGUAGUCGACAUCAAUAACGACGGUAUCAUUGAUAUCUGUGAGUUUAUAAGGAUGAUGAGUCUCCAACAGAACCCCCAGAUCACGCCAGAGCGUCAGCUUGAGGAUUUAUUCGAGAUCUUUGACAAGGACGCCUGUGGUUUCAUGACGAAGGAUGUGUUAAGACAAGUGAUGUUGAGUUUAGCACACCCGGUGUCAGAGGAUGGUCUGGAUGAUCUGAUGAAGCGAGGUGAUAGAAGGGGAGAAGGGCGACUAAGUAAGAAUGAUUUUAUCAGAAUGAUGAUGAACAAAUGUAAACAAAAUGAAGACAAAUAG